CAACUGGUAGGUUGCCUUCUAACCAUCGUUUAAAAACACUGACGAAAAAGCUAUAUAUUUCACAAGUUUCCAACAAGACAAAAUAUCGUUUUAGGCAAAUGCACUGAAUUUCACAAGAAACAUGCUUGAAACACGCAUAAUUUUAAUGUGAAACCGCUGCUAAAUACUUCUAGUAGUGAGCCUGCAUUAUAUUUUGUAUCUAGGGAGGGGAGGGAACAAAUUAACAGCGCUAAAAUAGAGAAAAUAAAAGAUAAUAUUUGUUGUUACCAUGGCAACGGAAAUAGAAAAAAUAGGUUGCUUGUUUAAAAUCAUUUCUACAGGAAAAAUAUUCAAGAUGUCACCACAAAAACCAUCUAACCAUAUAAAUAAGAUAUCAGAGAAGUCAUUUUCAUCAUAAUUCAAAAAUCGAUUUUUUAAGUCAUUUCAGGUAGACCCCCACCUUAUUAACUAAAUGGUCAAAAGACCGUAUUUCCGUGAGAUGCAUUUUGCCUUCGCUCAAACUGACUGUUGUUAUUGUUAUUAUUAUUAAUAUUUAACAGAAUUGUGUAUAGUCCGUAUCUGCGCGAGACGCAUUUUGCCCUUAUACGAGUUCAUUGGCGAAGUCAUUUUUAAAAUAAACUUUGUCUAAACCAGGGCGUUUAUAAGAUAGGGCGGCGAAACGCCAGUACUUCGCUAGCCGGCGUGCAGGCCCAAGGGAACUGAUAGUGGGCCUGCAAGCAAGGACCGGUAUUUUGUAAAACGCCCCUUUUCAUUACACGCCCCAUUCGCGCGUCAAUUGGCAAAAAAGAACCAAUGACAGCACCCAAAUAUUAACAAACAAACUCGCAUUGAAAUGUUGCGGGGUUUUCUCUGCUUGUUUAGAACAUAAACAAUGUGUAAAUGGCUGCGUUUUAACUCCAAAAAAGCAAGCAACGCAGUCAGUAAUUGCCAAAUUUGCAAGUGCUCAUUUUCAACUAAAAUCGGAACAGGCAAAUUAGGACGAAUUUGAACAGAAAACCAGUCUCAAACUUCAAAUCGUGAGGGAAGUCGUGCGACCGCAUUAAUGUGUGCUUCGCUGUCGCCAUUGUUAUAAAUAAAUUGUCUCACUUAUCAGAUCGUGUGUGCAAUUCUUGUUGGCGGCGGAAAGUACGAAAUUUAUUUCAGUUAUUUCAUUUGGUAAAGAACUCUACAAAAGAAGAGAGCGUUCAGAGUCCAGAUCGUUUCGUUUCAAACGGCAAUUUAAUACCGUCUUCUGUUUCGCUCUCUCAGCGAUUAGCGAAGCCUUGUAAAUCGCAAAGUGUUUCGAAUAGGCUUACAUGCAAGUGCAUCUCAACAUCAACCAAAAGAUAAUUUUCUUGAGGAACAUAUAACGUAUCAAGUCUGUUUGAAAUUAAUGAAACUCAAGUGUAUUAAAGGCUCUGUGGUAAAGGUUACUAUAGUUUACCCCAGUCGUAAUGUUGCUAUUCCAACACCUCACGAUAAGCAAUCCCCAUUGGCAUAACGGCAAAAACAUCUCUUCUUUCAAGUAAACAAUAAACAGUCUGUUCUUGUUCCAUUUGUAAUCGAAAAAAGUGAUCAAUUUUCGAAUUUUAAGCUUAUCGAGAUUUAUCGAGAGCCUUUGUAAUGAAUCACUGACCUAAUUAUAGAAUCCAACAGCAAACAGCCAAUCAGAAUGUCGCGUUCGUGGGCGAACACGGAAAGUACAAAAUAGCGGGCCUUGCUUGCAGGCCCACUAUCAGUUCCCUUGGGCCUGCACGCGGGCUAGUAAUUCGCGUGAAACAUGUGUGAUGCAAAUUAGGACUGGGGCUAGCGGGGAAGGUGCGAAAUUUAAAUCAAAACAAAAUAUUGAUGCGAAACUCGAAGACACUUUUUAAAUCUCUUAUUUUGCCGAAAUUAUGCAGUCUAUCGUUGCCAUAUUUUGCCAUCUGGUUAUUUACAUUUUUUACAAUUUUCAUGGCAUGGUUCAAGAUAAUCGUAAAAACAAAAACUACGAAAAUUUUGCACAUGAAAGCCGAACAUCAUAAUGGAUUCCCUUACGCGUUUUUUAGGAUGCGUAAAUAAAUUACUUUAUUUUAUAUCUCAAAAAUAAGCCAGAACUUAGCUUUUUUAAAUGCAUGUUAGCAAAAUACAAGUUUAUUCCUCUUAAAUUUCAUGGCGUAAUUUUUUGAACUUUUUUUGCAAUAGUUUACUGAAUACAGCAUAAAAAAUUGAUUACAGUUAAAAAAUUUCCCAGGUUCGUAUAGUUUUAAAAUUUACGAAUAUAAAGGAAAUUUAAACUUUUUUGGCCACUCUUAUUCUUAAAUCGACAAAGGAAUACUUGUUCUUCUUACCAGCAUGUUCAUCCUUGACCAGAAGCCAACAUAUAACGAGUAAAUGAGAAUUGUUUUCAAACAAGUGUUCGGGUUCAUCGUCCUUGCGAAUUUCGCUUUUCCAACCGGCCUUCGAUUUGUAAAGUAUUAAUAUGUUGUACUGUCACCAGAACUUAGCAAAUCCAAGGACGACUAGUCCAUUAUCAGAUCUUUCUUUGGUAAAAAUAUUGUCACUUAAUUUUUUGAACUUUUUUUGCAAUAAGGGAACAAACACGACACAACGGAAAAAUAUUCGGCAGACAUUUCGAAUUAUGCCGCGCGAACCGGAAGGGGGCAUGAGACAAGUCACGACGGACACAGACCACAGACAACAGACACAAACUUAUUGCAAAAGAGCGGGAAAAUUAAAUGCCGACGGCGACGAUGAAAAUUGCGAAAUUUAUUCAUUUAUUGCGAAAUAAAUUUAAAAAGGUAAACAAACACUUCGUUAUUUUAAAUUAACUAUACAACACAGAUAAUAUAACUAAAAAGACACUGAGAAAAACAAGCCAAAACGAAUUUGAUAAUUGGUUCAAUAUCAAAUAUCUAAAAGUGCACAAUUAAAUAGACAUAAAAUUUGGUCUAGCAAGUUUUGUAUAUAUCUACUAUACACAACUAAUUGGUAAUUUAUAACUUUAUAUUACAAUUGUCUACUCUUAGAACUAUGUCAAAUAAUUUGAAAAGAACGGCUUCACCAGUGAGAGGAUGCAAUAAUACACACAAGAGAAAAGCAGAAUUUAGCACACCACCUAGGCCACCAAGAAAUGCUCUGGACCCAAUUGUUAAUAAUUCAACUCCAUCUUGUGCUACACCUGCUAACUUAAGUGACACAUGCACACAAAACAAUCGAUUUACAGCACCAUUUCCCCCUUCAGUGUCAGAUAACUCUAAUGAUAAUCUCAUUCCAACCACCACUGUACAGUUUGUUAACAACUCUCCAUUGCGUGAAGAGGAGCUACUACUCUAUUCUAUGAUGACCCUUGUGUUUCCAGUGGCACUCUUCACCAAAAAUUAUGCACCUAGUAAAUAUGAUGCAAUAAUUGACAUAAUUUACCAAAAUAACUGGUGUGAAAUACAGUAGUCACAGCAUUCGAAAUUAUUUUCAUCGAGUUUACACAAACAAAGUGAAGGGUUUUGGAAAAACAAAAUUUAUGUGCAGAUGGGUCUUCUACCAGAAUAAUGUGAGAUGUUUCCUUGAACAAUCCAAUCACCUACUCACUCCAGUCUUACAAGGGGAACAACUGGAUGAGACAACAAUGAAUUCAUUGCUACAUCAAUUGAAGUCUCAUUGCAUACGACAGGGUGUCGUGUCGUUUUGGAGUAUGGAUUUUUGUGUGUUUAUUGUAGUGUAUAAUUAGGUAUUUUAGUGCAUAUUAGCAUAAAGCUAUAAAUUGUGAAAUAAUCGGACAAUUUAUCACAAUCUAUACAAGACAUUUACGCGUGUAGCGAGGACGUGUUUACACACAAAUUAAAAGUGGUUUUUACUUAUAAAUGAUACGGAAACAUAUAUAGAAACAUGUGUAAGUUUUAAAUUAAGAAAGCUGCUAAAUAAAGAACACGUAGAGGUAUUCACAUUGCUUUUAAUUUGUGUUAAUAUGUGAAACCAAGUGAAGCGUACCGAUUUAGUUUUGUCAUCUGGACGUUUGUUGAAACAUCGUCGCUGAAAUCAUGGCUGAUGCAAUGUCCCAUGAAAGAAUUACGAGUUUAAAGCGAGUAAAGGCAGGACAUGCCGGGGAAAUAACGAAGAUUACGGGUUUUUUGGAUGCGUUGUUACGAGAUAAGCGAAAUUGGAAAGAAGUACAAGUAUACAAAGAACGCUUGGUUGAACAGUGGGGGCGUUAUUGGCGGGUCUUUGAUGAAUUAAUACAGCUUUUCCCGCAUGAAAGCGAUGACUAUACUAAAGAAAAUGACAAUCAUAAUAGACGGUGUCAGGUUUAUCAAUUAUAUAUGGCUGAAAUUGAACAGUUUCUUAGCCGAGACGACGAGGAGAAGCGGACUGAGGACGGAGAUGCAACGAAGUUAACCGAAGGUUCGAAAGCAGUCGAUGCCGGUGAUUAGAUCUACGAGAGUUCAAGACGAAGAACGAAGCGAGUCUUCACAGUCUUCGAGAAGAAUAAGUUUAAGUUCGAAAGGUCGCGAAGGAGCGAGGCUCGACAAAAUUUUGGCUGAAAAGAAAUUAGAACUGUUGAAAAACGCGAAGGAGAGAAAACUAAGAGAACAAUGCUUGAAACUAGACAAUGAAAUUGCUGAAGCCGAGGACGAAGCGGACCUUGCCCGAACAAAGGAACAGCUGUUUGAGCAGUUUGAAGAAAUUCUCUUGGAUGACCUGGACGUGAAAUCUAAAGUUGAUAAGUCGCCGCCGAUAGUCACGACAGACGAAAGAGUUCCCGACCUAACAAGAAACGUUAAGACUUCUACUGAAAUAAAACCUCAACUACCGAGUACUGAUGGAUUUCGAGACCCACCACCAGUCCCAAGCAGUCUGCGUAACCCAUUUACAGAACGAAAGCCAUUUACCAAUACUAUGUAUGGACGAAGGGCGGAGAGAUACCCAGUCACACCAGUAAGACUCCGGGAAAGCUUUCUACCUUUUCAUUAUGACCUGUCCCCUUCACCGUUAAGUGAAGUAAAUCGUGAAACAUUAUUUCCACCACUAAGUGUUAAUAGAAACCGAGAGAGACUGGAAUCCAGAGUACACUUUGAACCUGAACACUCUCCCCAAAGACGGACUGAUCAAUCUGGUCGUAUUUUAACCAAACUUACAAGCAGUUUGAAUUCGAUUGUGACAAGAACAAAUCUCCCUCCACUCGAAGUAGUAAAGUUUACUGGUGAUCCGUGUAAAUACUUUCAAUUUAAGUCCCGAUUCGAUGAGAUGGUAUUGACGCAAGAUCUUACUGAAUCCCAACAGAUGAGUCGACUGCUACAGUUUCUUGACGGAAAAGCUAGAAUCGCUGUCGCGGGUUUUGAAGGCAUACCAGGUGGACUCUACAAGGCCAUGCGUUUAAUCGAGAACAGGUAUGGCCAACCUCACAUCGUGACGAAAGCGUGCGUCGAUGCAAUGGUGGACGGGCCAACGAUUGCCAACAACGAUAGAGUAGGUUUGAGAGAAUUCGCAGAUCGAGCGAGAACGUUGUACGAAACCUUGUCUUCAAUCAACGCUUUGGACGAGAUGAACAUGACCAACAUAGCCCAGAUGAGUCGAAAACUAGCGAUAACUCAUCAGGUGAAAUGGAGAGAGAACGUUCAACGAAUUCUAGAACAAAAACGGAAUCCCAACAUAUUUGAUUUGGUGGAAUUCAUCGAAAGACGCACGGAAGUCGUGAAUGAUCCCAUCUUUGGCCGUGUAGGAGAAGCACAGAGAACGUCGACGUUUCCUCUAAAAUUAGACAGGUACCCAGUCAAGAAGGACAAAGAAAGAAUCUCAACAAUGGCUGCACAGUUUCGGACUGAUAAGACUAACGAAAGCAAAAGGAACUUGAAAGAUAGGUACACUACGAGGUUGAUGGAGGCCUGGUAAAGAGUGGCGGGGAACGGGAAGCGAAGUGCGUCGUGUGCGAAGGUUUACACCAAUUGAACGAUUGUUCCGUUUUUAAGACCAAAACAAUCAGACAACGAAACAUCAUAGUAAGGACACACCGACUUUGUCUGAAUUGUCUUAAUGUUGGACAUUUCGCAUUUCACUGUAAAUCAAGGUUGCGAUGUUUAAGCUGCCGGAGAAAACAUCACUCGCUGUGGCACAAGGACGUUGCUGCAGACCAGGAAAUUCCAGCUGGACUGAAGACGAGAACAGAAACAAACAACCCAGCAGAUAAGGACUCAAUCAAAGUAAAGCAAGUUGAUGGUAGCCCAAAGGAUUCAGUCAGUGUAUCGGCCGCGACGAGUCAUGAUAGUCAUAAGCGAAGUUCGACGGCGAGAAUUAAGAUUGCUUUACAAGUCGUUCCUGUUCGAGUAUACGGUGAAAGUGGCGAAUCGAUUGAAACCUAUGCCCUCCUUGAUACCGGUAGCGAAGAAUCCUUUUUGACACGAUCACUUGCCGAGAAACUAAACUUGAAGGAGAAGAGCUUCGAUACGUUGACAGUUUGUACCCUAGCAGUAGAGUCGACGGUAAACGUUGGACGAACGGACGUGACAGUUGAACCCUUAGAGAAUCCUGAACAUCGUAAGGUGAAAAUCGAAGACAUUAGAAUCGUUGAAAGAUUAAACGUGAAACCAUUCAAGCCUUCUGAUUUGUCAAGAUGGCCACACCUUUCUGAUAUCAGUAUUCCAGAGAUAGACGAAGACGAAGUCACAAUUCUGAUUGGUGCCAACAUUCCUGAAGUUCAAGUUCACGAAGAAAGUCGUACUGGUCGAAUCGGAGAACCAUAUGCUGUUCGCACUAUUCUUGGUUGGGCAAUUCUUGGACCUGUAGGACUGAAAGAAAAUGAUGGAUGCGGAAGAACUAAUGUUCAUUUCAUGAAAUAUAGAGAGGAGCACUUAGAACAACAGCUACAACAACUGCUCGAUUUGGACAACGUUGGAAUUGGUAAUUCUGGAUCCAAAGCGAUGUCGCAAAAUGAUAGACAAGCCCUGAAAAUUCUUGACAAGACCGUUCGUAUGGUGAAUGGUCAUUACGAAGUUGGUAUGCUAUGGAAAAGUGAUGAAACGUGGCUUCCAGACAACAGAAACAUGGCAGCAGCGCAACUACGAACUCUCAGAAGAAAACUUGAUAAAAAUGCGGAGCUACGUGGGAAGUACGAAGUUUUUGUUGAUGACUACUUGGAGAAAGGCUACACUCGAAAGCUGACCGUUGAAGAAACUGCCCGACGGACCAACAAGACGUGGUAUCUUCCUCAUCACGGUGUAUUCCAUCCAAAGAAACCGGGGAAGAUACGAGUGGUCUUCAAUGCAGCCGCAUUGCAUGAUGGUGUCUCGCUGAACAAUCAGUUAUACCAAGGCCCUGAUCUAACGAAUAGUUUGGUCGGUGUUCUUCUCAGAUUCAGACAAGAACGAAUUGCUAUUGUUGCAGAUAUCACCGCCAUGUUCCAUCAAGUCAAGGUUCCACCGAAAGAUUCCGAUUCACUACGUUUCUUGUGGUGGGAUGAUAAAGAUCUCGAAGGAAUGCCAGAGGAAUACCAAAUGACGAGUCAUAUCUUUGGUGCAACAGACUCAUCAUGUUGUGCUAACUAUUGUCUGAAGAGAACCGCCGAAGACAACAAAGCAGAAUUCAGUGAAGAAGCAGUGAACACCGUAAAGAAGGACUUUUACGUGGAUGACUUGCUUAAAGCUUUACCAUCAGAAUUGCAGGCGAUCAGAUUGGCAAACGAGUUAAUCAAGUUACUGAAACGUGGGGGAUUUCGACUAGCGAAGUGGAUGAGCAACAGCAGAGAGGUUUUGGCCAACAUAUCGGGAGAAGAAAGAGCAAAUCCUACUUUGGACCUUGAUCUUGAUCAUCUACCAGUAGAAAGAGCCCUGGGAGUUCAAUGGGACGUAGAGCGUGACGUAUUCAAAUUCCAAGUGACCAACUUGAACAAACCAAACACGAAGAGAGGUGUUCUAUCAACCUUCAGUUCACUGUAUGAUCCCCUUGGACUUGUUUGUCCUGUAGUUUUGGAGGCAAAGUAGAUUAUGCAACGCUUGUGGAAGGCUCGAAUGGAUUGGGACGAACCUAUAUCAGCCACAGAAAGUGCCAAAUGGGAAAAGUGGAAAGCAAAACUCUCAGAACUGGCCUCCGUAGAAAUUCCACGAUGUUAUCUAUCAAGUACCACGAACGCAGUUGAAAUUACCUUGCAUCUGUUUUCUGACGCAUCAGAAGGUGGCUAUGGUAUGUGCUCGUACCUGAGAUUUCUACACGUUGAUGGGACCGUGCAUUGUGCAUUCCUGAUUGGGAAGUCGCGGACAUGUCCAUUAAAGCCAAUCUCCAUUCCCAGGUUGGAACUGCAAGCAGCUACCCUGUCUGUGAAGGUGUACAAGGUAAUAAAAGAAGAGCUGACAUAUUCAAUUGCACAGACGUUUUUCUGGACGGACUCUCAAACGACUCUGCAGUACAUCAGAAAUCGAACGAAACGUUUCAAUGCGUAUGUGGCCAAUCGUGUGACAGAAAUUAGCGAAGAAACUAUUUCCGAGCAAUGGCGAUACUGUCCUGGGAAACUGAAUCCAGCUGAUGACGCUUCACGAGGUCUAAGUCCGCAGAAACUAUGCUCUCAAUCUCGAUGGUGGAAUGGACCAGUAUUUUUGUGGCAGGAACGAGAGAAUUGGCCAACGACUGAAGUACCUUCCAUUCCGAAUGACGACCCAGAAGUCCUUACCAAAGUGAAGAUUCACGUGAUCAAAACAGCCGCUGUCCACGACGAUAUGUUAUCAAAACUGAUCAAUUAUCGCAGUUCAUGGAUCAAACUACAACGUAAUCUGGCUUGGCUAGCACGCUUUGCUACUUGGAUCCAAACCAAGAAAACGGGCUGCACCCGGGGACCCUUGACGUUGGAAGAACUCGAUCACGCUUGCAAGAUUUUGAUCAUGUGUGUACAGAAAGAAUCCUUUGCCGAAGAUAUCAAUCAUCUCAAAAAGCACAACAAAUUGAUACGGACAAGUAAUCUCAUAAAGUUGAAGCCAGUAUUAUCCAACGAUAUAUUGAGAGUUGGAGGACGUUUAGAACGAGCACCUACAUUGUCCUAUGAAGAAAAGCACCCAGUCAUUCUACCCAAGAAUCACCACCUCAGUCUACUGAUCCUGCGACAUUAUCAUGAAUCAUCGGCUCACGCUGGUCGAGAACAAACGCUUGCCCAGUCGAGAGAGAAGUUUUGGAUAAUUCAGGGAAGAAACCUUGCGAAGAAAAUUAUAAGAAAUUGCUUUAAAUGUCUACGACUGAACAGCAGACCAUUGACCCAAGUUAUGGCUCCUUUACCCGAGAUGAGACUAGAACCAUAUAACCCACCAUUCACCAACGCAGGUGUCGACUUCUUUGGACCCUUGAUGAUUCAGCGGGGCCGCGGAGUAGCUAAGAGAUGGGGAUGCUUAAUUACUUGCUUAGCAACACGUGCAGUAUUCUUGGAAGUCGCUCCAUCGUUGCAAACCGAUGAUUUCAUCCUUCUUCUACGCCAGUUUAUCAGCCGAAGAGGUCCUCCAAAAGAAAUUCGAUCAGAUAGAGGGACUAAUUUCGUUGGAGCGAACCGAGAGUUGCGAGAAGCCCUCGACGAGUUAGAUCAAAAGAAGAUCGAAAGCGAAAUGAUGAAGAGGCGAAUAAAAUGGUUAUUUCAUCCACCUGCAGCACCUCAUAUGUCCGGGGUAUGGGAGCGUUUGGUACAAACUGCAAAGAAGCAUUUGAAGAUGAUAAUGGGAGAUCGACUAUUAAACGAGUUUGCUCUGAGGACCUUGUUCGCCGAAGUUGAGUUCAUAAUGAACAAUCGUCCAUUAGUAGCAGCGUCUGAAGAUCCAGAGGACUUGGAAGCCCUCACACCCAACCAUUUCCUUCUACAAAGACGAAUUCCAGGAUUACCACCAGGCACAUUUGUGAAAGAAGACUAUCUUGGGCGUAAGCAGUGGAGAAAGGUCCAGUACAUGACAGAUCUAUUCUGGAAAAGAUGGAUCCAUGAGUAUCUUCCCAAACUCCAAGAACGUCAAAAAUGGUUCCAAACGAGGAGGAAUAUCGAAGUUGAUGAUCUUGUGAUAAUAAAGGAAACUGGACUUGUUCGGAAUAAAUGGCCACUUGGUCGAAUAACAGAAGUUUUUCCUGGACGCGAUGGGAGAAUACGUUCAGCUAAGAUUCGGACAGCAACAGGAGAAUUUCACCGCCCAAUAAGCCAAAUUUGUCUUCUCGAAGGAGACAAUAAGAACGCUCAGGCUAACCAAUGAGUUAUGUUUUAUAGUGUGCAACGACACUGAAAAGAGAGACAAUGGACAAGCUAUAGAGCAGAGUCCAUUGUGGGGCCGCUAUGUCGUGUUGUUUUGGAGUAUGGAUUUUGUGUGUUUAUUGUAGUGUAUAAUUAGGUAUUUUAGUGCAUAUUAGCAUAAAGCUAUAAAUUGUGAAAUAAUCGGACAGUUUAUCACAAUCUAUACAAGACAUUUACGCGUGUAGCGAGGACGUGUUUACACACAAAUUAAAAGUGGUUUUUACUUAUAAAUGAUACGGAAACAUAUAUAGAAACAUGUGUAAGUUCUAAAUUAAGUUAAGCUGCUAAAUAAAGAACACGUAGAGGUAUUCACAACAGGGCACAUCAACCCCUCUAGAUAACAAAGCGGAAGGCUGCCUAGACAAAGAAUAUGACAUAAACUAUAUAUGUUAACCAAAUGUUUGAAAAGACCAUUAUGCUCGAAUUAAAUAGUAAGUGGUCCAAGCAGUUUAACAGUGAUAAAAACACCAUUCAUUUCUACCAGUUUGGCAAAUGUCUUGGUUAUGCAGAAAAGGAGAUAGCACUCACAACAGCAGGCACUUGGUCCAUAUUCUUGGAAGGGAAACAUCGGAGUGUUGAUUUAGGCUGCACAGACAUCCCAGUUACAGUAAGAAAGUGCAACGAGCUGAAACAUCUUCUUGACACAAUUGGGAACAUGAAACUAUGCCAGGGUUGUCCAUUCGACAAGUACAAGCCUCGUUAUGAGACACACGAGUCAGAAUCACAACAACUGUUCAAGACAAAGGAUGGAACUCCAGCAGCAUUUGUGGACAUCUUGAUGUCUAAAAAUAAAGAAAAAAUAGCAAGAUCUUCAAAAUGCAUAUUACUUCUUUGGCAAGACGAUUCAAUAGAAACACCAGACACUUGCAAAGCAUGUGAAAGUACAGAUCAUUACCUAAGAACAAAGCUGUCAAAAUUAAAAAAUAAACAACCCAAUGCAGACCAAAAGACAGUGAGAUAUGACUACAUGUCAAAACACGAACUUCUACAAGUUGCACGAAAUUCAGUAAAAGAAAUGAAAUCCUGGAAACAAAAAUGUCAAAGAUUAGAUGAAUACAGAGAUACGAUGACCACAGUGGGCAGAAAAACUGACAAUGAUUUGCAAACUAUUUUCAAAAACAUGUAUGAAGGAAUUUUAGACAAAAAACAAGUUCUACACAAUCCUGUAUGCAGAUGGCAAAAAUGUG